AUGAAGAUUCUCUUUGAAUUACAAGGUUGUCCCCGAAUCGUCCGCCGCCUCGGCAAUGACCUCACUAUUGAAAAUGAACUGAUCAUCUACAACCUAUUCCUUGAGUACAUCCCUAGCGACACGCUAGCCGAGAUAAUCAAGGCCACACGUCAUGGAUUGCCGGAAUCCAACGUCCAAAGCUACACAAAGUCGAUUCUCCUCGGCCUUAAUUACAUUCAUGAAAGAGUAUACGUGCAUUGCGACAUCAAGCCACAGAAUCUUCUCGUCUGCUCUUCUUUAGAAAUCAAGAUUGCUGAUUUUGGGCUGUCGAAGAAGGCCGGAGUGUUGGUGUAUGGUGACAAUCAUGUCCGUGGCACGCCCCUUUACGUCUCUCCCGAAUCUGUGGGCUGGAGUGAGUACAACCCACCCGUAGAUAUCUGGGCACUAGGGUGUGUGGUUGUCGAGAUGGCGAUGAGGAAGACAGCAUGGGAAUGCCUGAUUAAUGGCGAUACCAGCGAUCUUCUAUUUCAGAUUGGAUUCCCUAAAAGGUUGCCAGAGAUUCCUAAGUGCUUGUCUGGGCAGGGGAAGGACUUCCUGAGUCGGUGUUUCAUUAAGGAUCCCCAUGAUAGAUGGACGGCUAAAAUGUUAUUAGAUCUUCCAUUUAUUAUGAAUGAUGCCGUAAGAGAUGAAGUAUUGUCUGUUCAUAAUGCAUUGCCUUCUUCUGGAGUUUUUAUGGAAGAGGAUUUUAUCCCACUGCCGGUUUCUUCAUCAGUGUCAUCCUUUGAAAUAUCUAGAGGCGGAUCUAUUGGGUCUAGUAUCCCAAGCUUGUGUAGUCCAUGUCUUCAAUGGGUGCCUCAUUUGCUCAUCCAGUAG